CUAGGAACGAAGCAUGCUAUUGCUAGCUAGCUGGCUACAUCGUAGCGCUAGCUAAUCGACUCGAUGUAGGUUGCGCCUUCCUAGCUGCCCGAAACUUUCUCGAAAGUUGGAUAAUGUUGCUUUAAAAUUUACGGCGCCCGAAUCUCUGUGUGCUUGGCAUUACGUACCGUCGCACCCACUUGAUUUGAUAGUUACCGGAUGGGUCCAUUCUCUAUACUAUGAAUCACCAUGAACUGUCAGUCAGCUACUCUGGAAGUGGGCAGGAGGAUGAAAUGGCAAUUUGGCCAAGAUGAAGAAAUGGCAAAUGAAAUUGAUGAUGAAGGAUCGGGAUGGGCUGAGCGAUUUGAUGAUGGGGAAGUUUGGACUGAUGCCAGUCGCUCUGUCUUCCAAACUGAAGAUGAAGAGGCGAAUAGAAAUUCAGAUGUCUCCUGUGACCAGACUAGCAGCAAUAUGUCUCGGAUAGCCCUGAAUGACAACAAAGCUGGUAUGGAUGGACUCAAUAAGGAGAAGAUCAAUAAGAUAAUCAUAGAAACUUCCAAGGGAUCAAGAUUCUAUGAAAAUGAGCGAAAGAAAGAGGCCCAGGUCAACCAAAGAAUAGAACGCAUGAAGCAGCAGCUAGAUGGCAUCUCUGAACAACAAAAAUCAAUUGCACUUGCACAGGUGGAUAUGAUGGUUGCCGAGUUGGAAUCUUCCAGGAGUUUCAAUCGCAGUAUUAUUCACUUGGAUAUGGAUGCCUUCUAUGCUGCUGUAGAGAUGAGAGAUAAGCCAAGCCUGAAGAAUAAACCCAUGGCCGUGGGUAGUAUGAGUAUGCUGUGCACCUCCAACUAUCACGCCCGACGCUAUGGAGUCCGAGCAGCCAUGCCUGGCUUCAUCGCAAAGAAACUAUGUCCUGAACUUAUCAUCACCCCCACAAACUUUGACAAGUACCGAGCUGUCAGCAAGCAGGUUCGAGAAAUCCUGGGCAUUUAUGAUCCGUACUUCUGCCCAGUAAGUCUUGAUGAGGCCUACUUUGAUUUGACAGACCAUUUGGAGAAAAGGAAAGUUAUGUCUGAGGAUGAGAGGACGUUUGAGUAUGGUGAUUGGAAUACCGUUGUAAAAGGGUUUGAUAACGAUGGCAUUGUAGAGGGAGUGCAUGUUAAGAAAGAUGACAGAGGACAUGAGAAAUCUGAUAGCACUAGACAAGACACCAGGAAUGGUACAGAGUUGGCUAGUGACAACGAUCAUGUUGCAAAGGAAACCCCUCCCCUCUCCACCCUCAAAUCAAAUUUGGAUUUUCCUGAAAAAACAUUAUCCCAAACAAAGCUUAUGAUGAGCAACAAGGGCACCAGGGAUGACAUGGACAUAAAGUCUUCUUUCAAAGAUGAUAACCACUCGGGAACAUCUCACCUUUUCUCACCUGAGGUGGCCCUUGAUAACCGUGACCACUCCACAGCAAUGUUAUCCAAAUGUACUGUUCAUGAGGACAUUCUUAAAGAAAUGAGGUCAAUCUCAUCAAAACCAAGGAGAUGUAGGACCUUUGGUUUGACAGUUGAAGAGGUUGUAGAAGAGAUUCGAUUUCGCAUUGAACAGGAAACACAACUUACUGCUAGUGCAGGUAUUGCACCAAACACCAUGCUGGCUAAGAUCUGUUCUGACAAGAAUAAACCAAAUGGUCAGUAUCGUAUUCUACCCAACAGAGAUGCUGUGAUGGAGUUUGUACAAGAGUUACCUAUUCGUAAGGUUUCUGGUAUUGGAAAAGUGACUGAGAAGCUGCUCUCAUCUCUAGGCAUACACACCUGCACAGAUCUCUUCCAACAGAGGGCUCUAUUGCAACUUCUGUUUUCACCAACAUCUUCACAGCACUUCUUGGGUAUAUCGCUGGGUCUUGGCUCAACAAGAGUUGAAAGAGAUGGUGAGCGUAAGAGCAUGAGUACAGAGCGUACAUUCCGCGAGUUACACCAGCCUGCUGAUCUUUACAAUAAAUGUAAUGAGUUAUGUCAGGCCCUGGCAGAGGAUUUAUUAAAGGAAGAGCUGAUGGGAAAGACAGUCACCAUCAAACUGAAGACAGUUAAGUUUGAAGUCAAAACCAAGUCAUACUCUGUGCCCUCAUACAUCCAAACAGCGGACUGUAUAUUCAGAGUGGCUAAGGAUCUACUUAAAGCUGAGAUCAAUGACUGCAAGUCAGAACCACUGCGGCUAAGACUAAUGGGGGUAAGAAUUUCCAACCUUCAGGCAUGCGGUGCACCAUCAUCCAACAAACAAGAGAGCAUCACAAAAUUCUUUAAGAAGCGACAAGAAACAACGACUCCCAAACAGCAACCAGACAUGCAGCCAAAGACUGUUGACAAUGACCGCCUUGGAACAAAUGAGUUAUUGAAUAAAACUGUUCUUGGAGUCAUGUCUGGACAGACACAAACAACAGAAUGGAAUAACAAAUCCCAUUUCCCUAUAAAGUCAGAGUCGAAACUAACAUCAUCUGUAUCAUCAACUGAAUCAAAACUUGGUAUCACAUUUCAUGAUACGUUUUUGAAACCUUCACAUCUAACUGGAAAACAGAUUACAAAUAAUACUGGUGGAUCAGGACUAUUAAAAAUCUCAGGUGAGGAGAACUUAUCCCUAGUUGGAGACCAAUUGGUUCAGUCAUCAGAGUUUAUCUGCCCAGUGUGUAGCAUCCAACAGUCAUGCCCAGACUUGAAAGACUUCAGUGAGCACGUGGAUAUGUGUCUGAAUAGAGAUGCAAUACAAGACAUGCUACGACAGCAAGCUUCCCAAGACCGUCCGAGUUCAAGUUGUGAGGCACCAUCACCAAUGAAGGUGAAAAGAAGCUCAUCAGGACCGAAGUCGGCUGCUAAGAGACGUAAACAGGAGAAAACACAGACCAAUACACUGGACAAAUUCUUCAGUUGAUGGAAUAAAAUCAAUCAAAAAGACACAAAGAUGUGUGGGUCUCUAUUUUAAUUUCAGCCUUCAUCAGUAGUUUUCAUAAUUAAUUUGCCCAAUUAUCUUUACUUUAUAUGCUUCUUUAUCUUAUACAAAGUCAAUGAUUAAGGGAAUCAAUGUGUGGUGAAGAGGUUUUCAACUAGUGGUUUAAUCCCAACGAGGCCUGGUUCUUGA